AUGGCUCUACAACCUCUUUCACCAGAUGAGACGUGGCCUGCAUGGCACUCCAGCUCACUCAGUCACCCCAGCUCACCCAGUCGCCCCCCGCUCACCCAGUCGCCCCAACUCCCCAUCCCACCCUUCCUAUCACCCCCUCUGCACGCCCUCAACUCACCCAUCCCCCCCCAACUCACCCAUCCCCCCCCAACUCACCCAUCCCCCCUCAACUCACCCAUCCCCCCUCAACUCACCCAUCCCCCCCCAACUCACCCAUCCCCCCCCAACUCACCCAUCCCCCCUCAACUCACCCAUCCCCCCUCAACUCACCCAUCCCCCCCCAACUCACCCAUCCCCCCUCAACUCACCCAUCCCCCCCCAACUCACCCAUCCCCCCCCAACUCACCCAUCCCCCCUCAACUCACCCAUCCCCCCCCAACUCACCCAUCCCCCCCCAACUCACCCAUCCCCCCUCAACUCACCCAUUACCCCUCAACUCACCCAUCCCCCCCCAACUCACCCAUCCCCCCUCAACUCACCCAUCCCCCCUCAACUCACCCAUCCCCCCUCAACUCACCCACCCCCCCUCAACUCACCCAUCCCCCCUCAACUCACCCAUCCCCCCCCAACUCACCCAUCCCCCCUCAACUCACCCAUCCCCCCUCAACUCACCCAUCCCCCCCCAACUCACCCAUCCCCCUCAACUCACCCAUCCCCCCUCAACUCACCCAUCCCCCCCCAACUCACCCAUCCCCCCUCAACUCACCCAUCCCCCCUCAACUCACCCAUCCCCCCUCAACUCACCCAUCCCCCCCCAACUCACCCAUCCCCCCCCAACUCACCCAUCCCCCCCCAACUCACCCAUCCCCCCUCAACUCACCCAUCCCCCCUCAACUCACCCAUCCCCCCUCAACUCACCCAUCCCCCCUCAACUCACCCAUCCCCCCCCAACUCACCCAUCCCCCCCCAACUCACCCAUCCCCCCUCAACUCACCCAUUACCCCUCAACUCACCCAUCCCCCCCCAACUCACCCAUCCCCCCUCAACUCACCCAUCCCCCCUCAACUCACCCAUCCCCCCUCAACUCACCCAUCCCCCCUCAACUCACCCAUCCCCCCUCAACUCACCCAUCCCCCCCCAACUCACCCAUCCCCCCCCAACUCACCCAUCCCCCCUCAACUCACCCAUCCCCCCUCAACUCACCCAUCCCCCCCCAACUCACCCAUCCCCCCUCAACUCACCCAUCCCCCCUCAACUCACCCAUCCCCCCCCAACUCACCCAUCCCCCCUCAACUCACCCAUCCCCCCUCAACUCACCCAUCCCCCCUCAACUCACCCAUCCCCCCCCAACUCACCCAUCCCCCCUCAACUCACCCAUCCCCCCUCAACUCACCCAUCCCCCCCCAACUCACCCAUCCCCCCUCAACUCACCCAUCCCCCCCCAACUCACCCAUCCCCCCUCAACUCACCCAUUCCCCCUCAACUCACCCAUCCCCCCUCAACUCACCCAUCCCCCCUCAACUCACCCAUCCCCCCUCAACUCACCCAUCCCCCCCCAACUCACCCAUCCCCCCCCCAACUCACCCAUCCCCCCUCAACUCACCCAUUACCCCUCAACUCACCCAUCCCCCCCCAACACACCCAUCCCCCCUCAACUCACCCAUCCCCCCUCAACUCACCCAUCCCCCCUCAACUCACCCAUCCCCCCUCAACUCACCCAUCCCCCCUCAACUCACCCAUCCCCCCUCAACUCACCCAUCCCCCCUCAACUCACCCGGUCCACAUACUUCCACACCUCCUGCAGCUGCACGUUCAGCCAGUGCACCUGCCAGUCAGGACCCAAGGGGACGGGGGGAAACGGGGGGGUGGGGAUGA